AUGUGUGUUCCUCCUGCUACCAUCGAUCUCAGCACGCAAGCCAACAUUGAUCAAGUAAAGACGACACAUCUUCAUCUGAACUGGAUUGUUGAUUUCGAGAACCAAAACUUGCAUGGUAAUGUCGUUUUAGACUUGGUGACCUUGGUCGAUCAUGUAGACAAGGUUGUCUUGGACACCAGUUAUUUGGAAAUCAAGUCUGUUGCCUUUGGUAAAGAGAGCCUCAAGUUCAAUGUAGCCAAAAGAUAUGCUAGUUUGGGCUCUGCUUUGACCAUCGAUUUGCCAGUGGUGGAGAAGGCUGGUACUCACUUUCAAUUGAAGAUUGACUACGAAACCACUGAACAAUGUACAGCUGUGCAAUUCUUAAAGCCCGAACAAACUCUCGGUGGCAAGCACCCUUAUUUGUUCUCUCAAAGUGAGCCUAUCCACGGUCGCGCCAUGAUCCCCUGUCAAGAUUCUCCUUCCGUCAAAGUAACCUAUUCAGCCUCCGUGAGAUCUCACCUUCCCGUUGUCAUGUCAGCACUACAAACAGGCAUUGAUGAGGAUAUGGACAAGGAGAAUGGAUUCAAAACGUACCAUUUCAGUCAAAAAACCACCAUUCCUUCGUAUUUGAUUGCCAUUGCUGUUGGAAAUUUGGUUGGAAAAGAGAUUGGCCCUCGUAGCACUGUGUGGUGUGAGCCUGAAAUGAUUGAGCAGGCUGCUUGGGAAUUCGCGGAUACCGAGUCAUUUGUGGCUACGGGUGAAGCUCUCUUGACGCCCUAUGAAUGGGGACGUUACGAUUUAUUGGUGCUUCCUCCCUCAUUCCCUUAUGGUGGUAUGGAAAAUCCCUGUCUUACUUUUGUUACGCCUACGUUGUUGGCUGGUGACAAGAGUGCUGUCAAUGUCAUUGCACAUGAGAUUUCGCAUAGUUGGAUGGGUAACUUGGUCACUACAAAUGCUUGGAAGCACUAUUGGUUGAACGAAGGCUGGACUGUCUUCAUUGAGCGUAAAAUUCUGGGUCGUCUGAACGGCGAAGCUACUCGACAAUUUGAAGCAUUAAGCGGUCUCAAGGCAUUGCAAGAAAGCGUCGAUCUCUUUGGCGAGGACUCGUUAAAAACUGUGCUGAACCCUGAUCUGCGUGAUGGUGCUGAUCCCGACGAUUUCUUCUCCAAGGUGCCCUAUGAAAAGGGCUUCAACUUUUUAUACCACAUUGAAAAGGUUGUUGGUGGACCCGCCAUCUUUGAACCUUACAUGAAGGCCUAUGUUGAGCAUUUCGCCUCCACCUCCAUCUCGACUCAAGACUGGAAGGACUUUUUGUUUGAAUACAUGGAAAAGACCCACGGUUCAUCUAUGGUAGAAAAGUUAAACACCAUUGACUUUGAUACCUGGAUCAAUAAGCCUGGUAUGCCUCCUGUUGACCCCGAGUUUGAUACCACGCUUGCUGAUGCUUGCUUUGAUCUUGCCAAGCGUUGGGACGCUGCUCGCGAAUCCGAUGAUCUGUCAUCUUUCUCUGCCAAGGAUAUUGAAAACUUCUCUGCUGGUCAAAAGAUUGUCUUUUUGGAAAAGUUGACUGACGCUGAACCUUUGCCUCAUCGUUUGAUUCAAAAGAUGGAUGAAGUCUACAACUUUACUCCUAAUCACAAUGCUGAUUUGCGUCUUCGCUGGCAACAGCUAUGCUUGAUGACCAGCUACGAGCCUAUUUACCCUGAAGUUGUCAAGUUUGUCACUGAACAAGGUCGUAUGAAAUUUGUUCGUCCUCUCUACCGCCUUCUUCAUCAAGCAAAGAAUGGUGCUCAGUUGGCUGUGGAUACCUACUUACAACACAAGUCCUUCUACCAUCCCAUUGCAGCUCAAUUGAUUGAGAAAGAUAUUGGUCUAGUUAAAUCCUUGUAA